GUGUUAUAUUCUGUCUUCGUACAGCCCUUACUGCGAAGCAUCGAUGUGCGAUUGUCAUCAAUGUGACCAACGAUAAGAUGUAUCUGUAAGAAAGUGUCAGCUGGCGUCCCUGUCCUGUCCUCGAAGACAGGAAUGAAACCAAAAUUGAACUAGCCCAUCAGCUAAAGCGACUCUCUAAUUUUGUGUAACUUUUUUAUUCUCUCGCUCUUUUGCUUUCUGUCGCAACUACUCUGCUUAUUUUCCGUCAUGCCAAAGAAGAGACAUGAGAAGCUAUCCGGGUAUCCUGAAGCCGGGCGGAUUUUAGAAUCGAAGAGCCAGGCCGACUCAGUCUGGUCAAAUGAAGAAGGCGAGAUCUACGACAACCCCGAGUCGACCAUCACUAACGAAGAAUCACUCGCAUCCGAACUGAAGAAUGUGAAGAUUGAUGAAUCCAAAGCGCUGAGCGCUCGGGCUAUUCAGAAAUUAAAAAAGAAGAAGCAAAAGGGCUUGCUAACCGAAGAAGAGCUCAACCAAUACAGUGAUGUGUUGGGCGUAAAACAAAGCAUUUCGGGGAAAGUCACGAAGGAAUCCGAGAUGCUCUCUCAGAAAAACAACCAAUUCAGUCUGAACGACAUUCAAGUUACAAGCGGCCUAGUUGGAUUCCAGCAGAAAGUAGCAACGACCAGCAUGAGCAAAGACAUUAUUUUCAAUAAUGUGACCAUUUCCUACCAAAGCAAAAUAUUGUUAAACGAAAUCGAUCUCAAACUGUUUUACGGACGUAAGUACGGUCUAGUCGGUCCCAAUGGAACGGGCAAGACAACCUUGCUGCGUCACAUAUCCACCAGGCAAUUGCCAUCCAGGACAACAUUCGCAUUCUUCAUGUAGAGCAGGAGGCAGAGGCCUCUGAAAAAUCCGCUCUCUUGUCUGUUCUGGAAGCGGACACCCAACGAACGGCGCUCUUGGAGCGAGAGAAGGAGCUCAAAAAGCUCAGCCAACUGGAUACGGAAGAGGGUAUUAUGGCUGAGGAAUCUCUCAUCGAAGUUUAUGAUCAACUUCGGCAGAUAGGUGCAUAUUCAGCCGAAGCACGGGUGUCGUCUAUUUUGAGCGGUCUGCAAUUCACAGAAUCGAUGAAAAAAAAAGCCGACGAAGGAGUUUUCUGGAGGUUGGCGCAUGCGCAUCGCGCUAGCUCGAGCUCUAUUCCUAAAUCCAGACCUGCUGAUUCUGGAUGAACCCUCGAAUCAUUUGGAUCUCAACGCGGUCAUUUGGCUCGAGGCGUACUUGAGGCGGUGGAAGAAGACCUUGCUGGUCGUUUCGCACGACCGCGACUUUAUGAACUACUUUGUCACGGACAUCAUACACCUGGACAAGCAGAAGCUAACUACUAUCGCGGAGACUACGAUAUGUUCGAGAAGACGCUUGCCACAUCUAACCGAACGGACGAAAAAUCGAGAAUGAAACAAGAGAAAAAGUUGGAUCAAAUUCAAAAAGCACAAACGACGAAAGCAAAAGAUACGAAAAAGAAGAUACAGGCACAAGGUAUUCUAGAAAAGCAGAAGAAAAGUAAAAUCAAGUUCAGGUUCAAUAAUCCUGGAAAGAUAAAUCCGCCUGUAAUCAAAAUUAGUGAGGUGAGUUUUGCUUUCGACAAAAACGCUCCAGAAGAAGAAUAUAUCUUCAAGGAUGUAGAUCAAUACAUAGACUUAGACAGCAAAAUAGCGAUUGUCGGGCCGAACGGUGCCGGGAAAUCUACGCUCGUAAACCUAAUUACAGGCGACCUCGAGCCCACCAAAGGAGAAAUCAUGAGAAACCGAAAAUUGAAUAUAAUGAAAUUCGCGCAGCAUUUUAUGGACGAGCUGAAGCUGAGUGAAAAUGCCAUUGCAUACAUUACAAAGAACCAUCCUGGCAUUACUCAGCAAGAAGCACGAACGGCGCUUGGGUUUUUUGGACUGUCCGGAAAGACGCAUACCAACCCGAUAUCGCUGUUGUCUGGAGGACAGAAAAGUCGUGUCAUGUUUGCCAACAUCUCGCUAUCAAACGCGGACAUCAUGUUCCUUGAUGAGCCGACCAAUCACUUAGAUAUUCAAAGUGUGAACGCAUUAAUAGAGGGGUUGAAGGCCUUCACCGGGGGCAUCGUCAUUAUAUCGCACGACCAACGUCUCAUCACGAAUGUAUGCAACGAGCUAUGGAUCGUAGAAGGAGACCAAAAAGUAAAAAGAUAUGAAGGAACUUUCGAAGAAUAUAGACAAGAGUUAAUCGACGCUAUGGACGACAGCAUUUUCGAGGCAUUGGGAGAGAACGAGACCACGGCAGAUCCAUCAAGCUCGCGUAAAUAAAGGGGGCUGAUGAUGUAUAUCACCAUACAAACAUUUAUGUAUGCUCGCAUAUGGGUAUACCGCAAGUAGAAAAAAAAAGGGGAAAAGCUGGUACCAAGUCUGCCUGAAGUGGACAGGGAUGCACGUCGUGCAUAAUUUUUCCGUCUCAUGGAACAACAUGUUUGGCACCAGCUCGUGAGAUCUCCCCCUCUUCUCGGUAUCUGUGAAAUCUACGCCCGCAAAAAAUUUUUUUGUUGCAUUUUUGUUCAGUUGUUCUAGACUUCAUGGCGAUGGGCUCUGUCUCCGUUCAGACGGACGAGGAAGACCCGUGCACCAUCCCAAAAGAGCUCAGGGAUGUUCCCCCGUUGACCUUAAACGUAAGCCCUCGAGAUACGAAGCUGUGGCCGAAAAGACUCGAGCAAGAAUACGUGGCCCUGAUCAGUGUAUGUGUACGAUGCAUAUGACCUUACUUGCUUUUGUAAGGCAUCGUUAUCCAAGCCGCCUGGUAUUUAAGAUAAUGAAGAUUUGACACGGAGGUCUUUGCGGGGGUCUCCUGCUCUGUGUACGACGAAUAUAUUUACGAAGCUGCGAUAUUUAAGUUUGUCAAAAUGAGUAAAGCGAAAAACGCAGACUGGUUUCAAAUUGACUCAAACGAAGAUGGGACGCAAUGGUUCGGCAUUUGCUGGUACAUUCAUAACCACGUCAAGUAUGAGUUUGACUUCAGCUUUUCUGUGCCGGCCACGUACCCGUCCACUGCUCCAGAAAUUGCAUUACCGCAGUUGGAAGGCAAAACAAUCAAGAUGUACCGAGGGGGAAAAAUUUGUUUAACCGAGCACUUUUACCCACUUUGGUCCAGACACGUCCCCAGCUUUGGCAUUGUACACGUCCUCGCACUAGGUGUAUGUAUAGGGGCAAUAUGAGGGCAAAACUGCCGUACACGGCUUUAUGCAUUGACCGCAGAUUGACGUUUGUGUACAUUUCUGAAGCUCGCGCCCUGGCUCGCUGCAGAAAUUCCUCACUUGGUGCGGUGCGGAAGACUGAGCCAGGUUUGAGCCGCUUCGACGUCCCGUGAGGCUCGAUAGAGCCGCACCACGACAAACGCCGGUGAAGUUUAGAGAACGGUCUCACGUCCCUCUGGUCGACUCCUUAGGUUCCAACUACUGGAAAAAAGGGAGAAUGUGUGUCGCGUCUGAGGGGUCUGGCUACCGGCCGCUCGAAUCGUGCGGGCCCUCCUGAGCGAGAGGCGGCGUGCAAUAAUUGUCGAUCGAAGAGAGGGAGAAGAGUUUGGUCGAGAGAGCGAAGAAGGGCUCUUGCGAGCGGGAGAGAACGGUUUGUCAGCCCCCCCCCUACCCGUGUACACACGACGGGCGUACCGUCGAUAGAACAUCUGCUGCCUGUGAUCGCGCGUCGUGGCGACAGAGCUGCAAAACCGGAUACCUGUCAAGGAGUACAUUUUAGGGCAGUGGAGCUUACCCAGUUCCCCGUGAACGAACUCGAGGCGAAUAGGGACCCAUUCAGAUUAAACACGUGGGCGCAGAGCUUGUACUGACAAACCGGCCGCUAUCCUAUAUAAAGACAUGCUCGAGAGACCACCCUCGGCUCGUACAC